AUGCGGCCGCUGCCCUCGGUGCACGGCGUCCUGUCGCCGGAGGUCUGCGCCAAGGCCUUUUUUUCGACGACCUCGGGGGAUACGAUGAGGAACCACUUUGCUGAGAAUCCCAUCAAUGCCCAGAUGGCCAGGAGUUCGUCCUUUCAGUCCAUUCGAGAACCUCCCAGGAGAUUUCAGCCCUCGGGCGUGGAUAGCGGCAUGAGACGUUCCAUGUGUACCUAUCACUCCACCUUCACGCCCUGCUCUCUGGAUGCCUUCGGUCCGACCAAUGAGCUGCGGGAGCUGUACAAACAGCAGUCCCGCGGGGCAGGCGCGGGUUGUCCGCUGGGGUGUAGGUUUUAG